AUGGCGAUGGUGAUGGCUGGCCGUGUGCUGCUGGUGUGUGCCCUCUGCGUGCUGUGGUGCGGUGCUGCGGAGGUGUCGGUGACCGAUGGUGACGUUGUUGCUGGCGGUCCCGUAGCUCUUGGCGAUCCUGGUGUCGGUGGGCAAUCUCCUCUUGUAAAUAAGGGUGAUGGUGGCAGUGGAGGUUCAAAGGGUGAUAGUUCUCAUGAAAGUAAAAGUGAAUCGUUGGUUGCUGCUUCGGGAGAAGAAUCACCAGCUCUCCUUCUUGAUGAGGAUGAAGGUAGAAAUCCCGCUGAGGAACAUUUACGCGUGGAAAAAGAGGACUCCAAAGGAAAACAGGAAGAGUCACAAUCACCGCCUCAAGGUGCAUCGCCGACUGAAGUGAAUCCAGAAGAAGCACUUGAUUCCCUUCCGCAAGAACGGUCACUCGAUGCACCAGAAAAAGGAGUUAUCACUAAUGGUGGUGGCGGUGGAACUGCGAACGGGGUAAAAGACGAUACCGACCAGAAUGCCGGGUUGUCCCCUAACAACAGCGAUCCCACGGCAUUGGUAGAACCAGAAGUCAAACAAGUAGUAACACCACAACCAAUAACAACUGGGCCAUCACCAGCGAUGACCGUUUCAGCAGAAGAAACAAACCCAACAGCAUCCACAGGCCCGCAGCAUGCAACCGAGACAACAAGCACGACGUCACCGUCGCACAGUAAAAAGGUGCCUGAAGCAACGGAAAAAACUUCAGGAAAUGUUGAGCCAAACCAACAGAGAGAAGAAACAGACCAACCGGAUUCCAUGAAUAAUGGAACUACAAGUCAUCCGGCGGAAACAGCAGCAUCAUCCACAAUUGGCAGUGAUGGAGCCCAGAACAAGGAGGGCAAGGUUGAUAACGGUAUUCAAAGGCCUGACAGAAAAGAACCACAAGACGGUCUUGAAGAUAGAAAUACCGACGAUGCUUCCACAGCAAGUGAGACAGAACCAAAAUCAGCAAAAACAGACAUUACCCAAAAGAAUGCUACAUCUAAGUCUGGCGACAGUGACGGCAGCACCGCAGUCUCCCACACCACCUCCCCUCUUUUGCUUCUUGUUUUUGCUUGUGCGGCUGCGGUGGUGGCCGCGUGA